UUUUUUUUUCUUUUCUUUUUUUUUUUCUGUACGAUCUUUCUUUUGGAUUCCUUUUUUAUCAUGGCAUAUAAGAAUACCAUUCCAAUGGCCUUCACCGAAGUGACCAGUGAAAACGUCUUGGGACUUACUGAACCUAUUCUUAAAGCUAUUGGUCAAGCUCAAUAUAUUGCUCUCGACACGGAAUUCUCUGGUCACUGUCCUACCAUUACAAAGCAUAUGGAGCAACGUUACCAGGCGAUCAGCAAAAUUAUACGUACACAUACUCUUUUUUCCUUUGGGCUUACUAUUAUAUCUAAACAACAACAGGAUGAAACACAAUAUCAAUUCACCAAUCUUGAAUUCUUGACUCGAAAUCAGCGUACCUUUGAAGUAGAUCCAAACAAUAUCAAGUUUUUGGCAGAAAAUGGAUUAGAUUUUGGUCGUGUAUUCCAAUAUGGUAUUCCCUUUGUUGGUGGCAACUCAUCAACAAACGAUUCAAAUAUAGAUAAUGCAACAAAAGUCAUUCGACAUUUAUGGUAUCGUAUACUACAGAUCAUUCGAGAAAAUAGUAUACCAAUUGUUGUACAUAAUGGGUUAUUGGAUAUCAUGUACUUGUAUCAAAGUUUCUUUGCUUCACUCCCAGAAAAUUGGUCAAGUUUUGUAGCGGAUCUUGUUGAAAUGUUUCCUGCUGGUGUUUACGACACAAAGUAUUUAUCUACUUCUGUAGUGGGUGAAUCUAAAUCCUUCUUGGCUUAUUUGUAUUGCAAGUAUCAUCGACAACAACAGGAACAACAACAGAAAAAUAGGGAUCAAUCUUGGAGCGUACAAGUCCUGCCACCUUUAAUGUCAAUAUCAUCAUCAUCUCACUCGUCGCCAAUAGAAAAUUCACCUCUUUGUACAACUUCUACAGAAUCUGUCGUGAAUACUGAUGGAUCUAAUAGACAUGACUCAACAGACUCACCUGCAUCAAAACGAAGAAAACGUGCAAGAAAAAUGACUAGCAAAAAGGAAUCAAAGACUGGAAUAUGUGGUCCUUACUCACAACAUGGAUGGUGCAAAUAUGGAAAGGAUUGUCCUCUUUCACACGACUUGACUUUGAUUUUGGAUUACGAUCUAGGUAUACAGAUGGACAACAAGAACAAGGAUAAUGAUGAUGAUAGCAAAAUAGAUAAAAAUGGACCUGAUUUAUUGGGGAAUAGUUUGGACGACAACACUGAUGUAAAGCCCUUAUCAGCAACAAGUGCAACAACAACGCAAACUAACAAAGACAAUGAUAAUCAAGAUGUCAUGUCAUCUUCAAUGCAGGAAUGGACACCUCGACGUGAUCACUCGGCACAUUUUGACGCCUAUAUGACAGCCUUCAUCUUUUGUCAUUUUUUAUCAACAUUACCAGCGGAUGAAUUACCUACUCAUAUCAACAAAGUUAAUCUGAUGCGCUUGGAUAUACCACUACGUCUUGUCCAAAGUCAUUAUGCAAAACCAAGUUUGGAAUGGACCCGUCUUAAAUCAGAAUUAUGGCCCUCCUCUUUAGAAUAGUUUUCCUAGUAUAUUGAUGAUCUACUUAUUUUAUUAUUUUCUGUAUUAUACAUAAUUUCCUUUGAUUAGCAUGAUCGACAUUAUUGAUUAUUAUGAUUACCAAAUAAAUAAAACGCAUUUUUUUCCCUGUUGUAUUAA